AUGGACGAGCGAAGCAUGGCGAUCGAGUUUGACGUGCUUCAGAACAAGCCGCACAACGACAUGAAGGACCAACACGUGGGGCUGAACAUUCAGGGCCAAGACAAGUCAAUUGCUGCUGUGAAGUCCCCGUUCCUACUGACCAACAAGCAGCCAUACACGGCAUGGGUGGACUAUGUUCCAGGGGACCCCGGCACCAUCCAGUUGUUCUUGGCAACAACAGCAGUGAAGCCUGCAAAGCCGCUGCUGGACAGGCGGCUGUCUCUGUGUGCUGUGCUGAAGCCGGGGCCACCGCAGGCGGAGGGGAUGGUGCAGCUGCCGCGGGCGUUCUACUUUGGCUUCGUGGCGUCCACCACAGUGAAGCCGUUCAUGAUUCACACCAUCCUCACCUCUGCCCUGCAGACAGCCUACGGUCUUAACGUAUCACUGAACACGUAUGUGCCUGCAAAAGCGAGCCCCUUCCCGCGCUACGUGAGUGCGGACUACCGAGUGUCGGCCGGGCAGAAGGACUCGUGGGUCAUCAAGGACCUCCACUCCUGGGACGCUUUCACCCAGCACUGUAGCCACCGUAAAGGCUCCUUCCUGGUGUUCCUUAUCCGUUCCUUCUGUGCCCUCUCUAGAUGCAUGCUGGGCAUACGCAGUGGUGGCGAGCAUAGAGCAGCAUACGGCAUUGCUACAAAUCAAGAGGCACCGCAGCUGGCAGUGGACUCACUCUUCACAGCCAUGGGCCUCACCUCCCAGGCAGCCAAGUGCACUGCGGGAGGCUCCCCCACUGAAGCCUUUGAGAAGCUGCUGGCCCUGCCGGCAGGGGGCAUCACCAUGGACGGCAAUAAGGUAUGA